CUACACGCGGCUAUUUAUCACCAGGGACCACCACGUCCGCAUCGCCACGGCUUCAGGCGAGGUGAUCGGUCCGAAGCAGGCCGACUACGGCACCGUCAAAUUAAACCCGAGAGACAUCAUCAUCUGUUGCUCCGACGGCAUCGUUGAUAACGUGCCUUACGAGAGCUUCAAGGCCAUACUCACAGGCACCGAUGGUGAUGUUCACGCCGCGGCCGACCAGAUGGUCAAGUGCGCGCAGCUGCACGGCGCGCCCAAGCCCGACGACAUCUCGAUCGUGAUCGGC